GCAGCCCAUGGUGAAGGGACCCCUGGGACCCCCGUUUCGUGAAGGCAAAGGGCAGUACCUGGACAUGCCACCACUGCUGCCCAUGGACCUCAAAGGGGAGCCAGGACCACCUGGGAAGCCUGGCCCGCGUGGACCCCCCGGGCCCCCCGGCUACCCAGGAAAACCGGGCACGGGGAAGCCGGGAAUGCACGGCCAGCCUGGGCCUGCUGGGCCCCCUGGCUUCUCAGGAAUAGGGAAACCUGGCAUCCCAGGACUCCCUGGAAAGGCGGGUAUGAAAGGGAUGCCCGGAGCCAAGGGCGAGCCUGGCAUGCGUGGGGAGCAAGGGCCGAGGGGACUUCCCGGCCCACCAGGGCUGCCUGGGCCAGCUGGCCUCUCUGUCAAUGGGAAGCCAGGUCCCCAGGGUGGCCCUGGCCUGCCCGGGUUUCGGGGAGAGCCUGGCCCGAAAGGAGAGCCAGGUCCCCGUGGAGAACGAGGGAUGAAGGGUGAAAAUGGUGUGGGGAAGCCAGGCUUACCAGGGCCCCGUGGGAAUGGGGGCCCUCCUGGUCCUGCGGGGCCCCCGGGGCCCGCUGGCAUUGGGAAGCCUGGCCUGGAUGGGCUGCCAGGUGCACCUGGGGACAAGGGUGACAUGGGUCCCCCAGGCGGGCCUGGUGUCACCGGGGAGCCCGGCCCUGUGGGGCCACGGGGACCCCCCGGGAUUGAUGGGAUCGGUGUCCCGGGCGCUGCGGGGGUGCCGGGGAUACAGGGCCCCAUGGGACCGAAGGGAGAGCCUGGGAUCCGCGGCCUCCCUGGCCUGCCAGGCCCCACGGGUUAUGGGAAGCCAGGCAUGCCCGGCCUGAAAGGAGACCGUGGGCAGCCGGGGGCACAGGGAGCCAUCGGCGAUAAAGGGGAGCCCGGUGUUGAUGGGGAGCCGGGUGAGCCAGGCCCUGCCGGCAUCAUUGGCCCACCAGGCCCACCAGGGUCCAUGGGGCUACCAGGCAAGCAUGGGCUGCCCGGCCCCAAGGGGGACGUGGGGCCAAGUGGGCCUCCAGGAAUGCCAGGGAUGCGUGGGGACCAGGGCCCGAAUGGCUUUGCAGGGAAGCCAGGGGUGCCGGGAGAAAGGGGCCUGCCCGGGUCACUGGGACCUCCUGGCCCAACAGGCCCCAAAGGUGAACCAGGGUUCAUCGGCCUUCCUGGGGUACCUGGAUUAACAGGUGGCCCCGGGCCCAAAGGGGAUGGUGGGAUCCCGGGGCAGCCGGGGUUGAGGGGCCCCUCUGGCAUCCCGGGAUUGCAAGGGCCUGCUGGUCCCAUGGGGCCUCAGGGGUUACCAGGCCUGAAAGGGGAGCCCGGGCUCCCUGGCAUUCCUGGCGAGGGGAAGACUGGCGAGCCUGGCAUGGCCGGACCCAUUGGCCCACCCGGAAUGCCAGGAACGCCAGGGCUGAACGGGCCACCAGGCCCACCGGGGCCACCUGGGCCACCAGGAGCGCCAGGAGUGCUGGAAGAGACGGGCAUCGCGGGGCUGCACCUGCCGGACGGUGGUGUGGAGGGGGCUGUGCUGGGCAAUGGGAAGCCGGGCAAGCCACAGUAUGGCCGAGGAGAGCUCGCUGCCCGCAUCGCGCCAGCCUUCACUGCCAUCCUCACCUCCCCCUUCCCCGCAUCCGGCAUGCCCGUCAAGUUUGACCGGACAUUGUAUAACGGGCACAAUGGCUACAACCCAGUCACCGGGAUCUUCACCUGCCCUGUAUCUGGAAUCUACUACUUUGCCUACCAUGUGCACGUCAAAGGGACCAACGUUUGGGUGGCCCUGUACAAGAACAACGUGCCGGCCACCUACACCUACGAUGAGUACAAAAAGGGGUACCUGGACCAGGCCUCGGGCAGUGCCGUGCUUGAACUCAAGGAGAAUGACCAGGUCUGGGUACAAAUGCCCUCAGACCAGGCCAAUGGGCUGUACUCCACGGAAUACAUCCACUCCUCCUUCUCUGGGUUCCUGCUCUGCCCCACAUAACGGCUGUUGGGCACGUUUCCUUUUCACCCACUUUAGCCAUAAACUGUCUUUUUUUUUU